AUGUACAGUUGCAACACAGCAAGAUUGUACCAGGAGCGUCUCAUACGUGACUUCCGACGGAACUCAGAUCAUGACCGAAUUCGGCGACUGUCCAACUCUCAUCAGCUGCGCGACGGAUACACAAGCCACGACAACUGUGACAUUGACGCCGGAGUUUAUCUGGAGAUAGUCGCAGCUCUGGAGGCAGAGUGGGCGGAAAUCUUUGGUGGUGAUGAUGGUUGGAAUGAUACUGAGACUACGAUUCUUACUAGCUCUACAGCCGUAGAGGAGUCAAUCACCACCAGCCUGACUAAUACAGACGCAACUUCCACCGUCACCAGCGAUGGCUCUACGAAUGCCGUUUCCAUCGAUUUGACUUCGAAUACAGAAGCAACUGCUACUUUCGCAACAGCUUCUGAUACUAUAUACUCAGUCAGCACAGUCACCAGCACGUUCAUUACCAGGACCAGAGGCACAGAUAGUACCACCGACAUGCCAAUAUCUACUGACGAAGAAGUAACUCACAGCUACUACCCAUGUGUCAUCCAUGGCGGUCCUGCUGUUGAGACGCCAUACUGCCAGUGCUCAACUACAGUCAGCGGUGAAGGAUACUACGCAACGACUACCUUGGUUGACGGCCAGUGUAUCGCAUACACAGAGUUUCCGUCACAAAUCACUGUGGCACCUGAGACUGGUCCCAUUACGGAUGAGCCUUUCCAGCAACCCAUCACCACCACUACAGAUGGGACGGUCUUGGUGUGGUCAGCUUACGUGCUAGAUUACAUCAACAUCCCAGGCAUCACAAAAAUCACCCAGUCAGUCGGCGUGGGUGAGCCUUCAACAGUCACCACUCCUUUGCCUAGUCAGACUGCUGUAGAUAACGAUGACGGUGGACAAUGCGGCACCGGCGAUGGUCUGUCUAAGAAGGGACUUCGUGAAGCUUGCGACAGAGCGAUCAAUAAGUAUGAGGAUAACACCGUAUACAGCGACUAUGCUUCUCGCUACAGCCGCUCAACUAAAGGUAUCCUUGUAGCAGCCUCUGUCGGCCAAGCGGCAUGCAUUGCCAAAUUUCAGUGCGACAAUUACGGUAUUGGCAUGAAAGGUUCCGACAUCAAAGAAGCUCGUGAGAGUGCUAAGGAGAAUGACGGUGUUGAUAUCUGCGGACAUAUACACCUUUCCAACUCAUGUACUAUCAUUAUGGACUACUGUACCAACUGCAAAACUCGAGGCUAG